AGUCGUUUUCGUUUACAAUUCUUUAACCUCGGUCGGUGUGUGAAGCAGUUUUGUGCUUCGUCGCUGAUUUUUUCUACCCAGCUUGCAUUUCGCGUUCGCGUACACUCAACCGCAAGAGUGUAGGAUCGUCGUCGUGAAGUGCGAAGAGAGAAAGUAUAGGGCCGCAAGUGCAUUUCGCAGUGAAGCGUAGAUAAAUUGCUAAAAAUUUGACCCCUUUCGACAACGGAAGAGUGUAAAAACCGCAAAAUACCGCCCGGACGCGGUCGCUUCUAAGUACCACGCAGUGGCAGCGAUGGUGACGACUCUGUAGAGCAGGUGUGGAAUUGAAUUAGUUCUUGGCGACGGAAGUGGGGAGUGGGGCUGGGUGGAUCGGUUUUUACUACGCUGCGAGAGAAUAACUACUACGAGUGGACCCCACAGGAACGUAACCGCUACCGGAUUAGACUUCCGAAGCUGCAAAAUGAGUUUCUUCACCUCCUUUCAGGAGCUACUGGAUUUCGACCACUCGACAAACUUGAAUGGAUUUCACUUCUCCAACAGUCUAUUCGGGUUCGACUCUAAUUCAGUUCCCGCACUGGAAAACCUUCCGCCUCCACUAUCACUAGAUUUAACGGCGCCACCACUCACUAGUUCGAGAGCUUCUCUUAAAACUCCUUCGCCAAUUCCAGAACCUACACCGUUACUUGAAACUCCAAAACACUACCAGUUCGUACAACCACAACAGCCUCAUUCGCAACCACAACAACACUUUCAACCAACAACAAUACAACAACAACAUCAACAACAACAGCAGCAGCAGCAUCAGCUACAACAACACCAGCUAACUCCACAGCCACAGCAAACCUCGCCUGUUCCGAUAGUGUCCAAGUUUCAACUGAAGGUUACUCCGAAUAACGAAAUAUACAUUUCGAACGAAUCGGGUACCUUUUGUGAGCUGGCAGGUAGCUUCGUUCCGUCACAGAAACCGCAGUCGAGGUCCGUGCUGCGAAUCCCACAUCCCAUUGUCGAGACGAUCCCUGCAUCAAAUGGUCAGGUUGUUGAUCAGUUCCAAUCAGUGGCUCACCGUAGUUCACCGUUACCAGAACCGCAUGUAGCAAAAACGCUGUUCUGUAUCGAAAAAGGCAUUAAACGACCACUCUCUCCUUCCGAUUAUCGCUACAGCAAUUCAGGUAUCUUCCGAUCGUCCUCGGUCGGUGCAUCUCCACUAAAGAAAAAAUCUACCUCCACUAUCAACAGCAACGGACUUUGUAACGGUAACAGUUUGGUUGGAUCUGACGAUAAUCAAUCGGCUGCUAAGUUGGUUGUUUCCACUGUCAUUAACAAUGGGUUAAUCGUGAACAAGAAGCAUCUGUCCACCAACGAGGAACAAUCGGAAACGCCAGUUACUCCAGAGCGGCGAAUAAUGCGACCGAAAAAGCGCAAGAAAAAGACGGUCCAGAAAGUUGUGCUGGCUGCUAAAGUUGAACCAUUAAAUGGUGGCAUCGUAACACGAGUUGCGCCAGAGCCUAUCAAGCCGUUAGUCCCCACCAUUAGACGGUUCGCGGUGGAACCGAGCGCAGGGAUACGAGUUCCAAGUGCAACAGUCAGUAAUUUGAAAGGCAGUUCGCCUGCUACUAGUGGACAUUUGCAUUCGAGCAUCGCAAUCUCUAGCUCAGAAAGUACGCUGAAUUUUUCCGGUAUCAAGGAGAAAGCAGCCCAAGAAGCAAUUUUCGUUGAGCGAAAUGAGAAAAUACCACCGGUAAAAUCGGAGAUAGAACCAGUUCUAGAUCAAAGCAACUUGCGGGUUAUCGAUUCGACUGAAAUUGGACUCGUACCUGGAGAAUUAGCUUCCAGUCCGGCACCGGUGGAAUUAAAAGUCGUAGCGGAUUUGGUGAUGGACAAAAACGUAUUCGGACAUAUUUCACUAUUGAACAAUUCUGAAGAUCGUGGCAAAACAGUCAUAUAUCAAAAUCCAGUGACCAGUACUAACGUAAUCUACAGCAUUGUGAAUCCGAAAUCGUUGAACUUAAGCUUAGAAGGCGUGGGACGUGGUGCAUCGGCCACUCUUACCUUGCAACCACACCGGGGAAACCGUAAGCCAAAAAAGCGUGGCCGAAAGAAGAAGGUUAAUCCGGAAGCAGCACCAACCGUAGACUGUACAGUUAGUGGACAAAUUACAGCAGCCGUGAAUGUGGAUCUCCCAAAACCUCUCGAUCCGGACAUUCCGAUUUCGGUAACACGAUCCGGGCGUCUUAGCAAACCACCGCGUUACGCAAAUAAUUACUUCCAGAAUAUCAAGCAAAAAACAGAACAUUCCCCACCCCCGCCACCACCACUUCCACCACCGGUCAGCAGGUUAGAUCUGCCAACACCAGAUCCCGAGACGGUCGAAAAAUUGCCGAAUUUCUCCGCAGCCCUUAGCUCUACCGUAAGUCCUACUAUAGCAGUUUCUGCCUUGCCUCCAACACCUUUCUCGUCCACCGCGGAUGCUAAACGCAAAAUGAAAGUUCCACUGCAAUACCGCUGUUCGACAUGCAAUAAAGUGUUCCUGGGAAAGCGAAUGCAAACGCACCUACAGAAAAAUCCGAGCCACAAUUCGGAGAGGGACUGCGUUGGAACAGAGCGGAAGAAAACAGAAAAGGAAGAAAAAUCAACCUAUCUCUAUAAACAUUUGUUCGAUUUAUUGCAAAUGUUUACCGAAAAUGACAAGGGACGCGUCAUGCUGAAAGAGAUAAGCAAUUUUGUUGAUUUUGUGCGUGCGUUAAUUCCCAAGCUGAUAACCAACGAAGAACAAAACAGUACUGUGGAAUACAUCGAUCACAACGUGGCGGACGUAUUGCGUUUGAACCACGGUAAAUAUCGAUUGAAGCUAUCUUCCCUGGCGGAGGAAUACGAGAAACUAAACCACACGGUGAGCCUUCUGAACAAUAACAAUCCCACCAGCAACAACAUCAGCAACGGGUUACCGCCCCACAACGGAUCGGCUCUCCCAAUAACAAGCACUCCGAAUGGACACGUUGAUCGGCAAACGUUUGGUUUCAACGCCGAUGAACUACUGAACCAGUCCAGUUCAUUUCCCAGUUUAACAACUCUGGUCACUGAGCAUAACCUGUUGUUGCACUCGAACAACAAUAACAAUAACAACACUCUAAAUCAUCAUCAGCACAACAAUCACCACCUGCCACAGCAGAACGGCCACCAUGGUGGUGUUCUCUACAACCAUCAUCAUCAUCUACCGCUAAUUAAUUCUAGCUGCCACGACGAUGCAAUGAAUAGUUUGUCCGGGUUGUGCAAGUCACCGGUGCAGCAUUCCACUUCAGGAAUGGUCAAUAUGGCGCUGAACCUCUACUGAGGUGCGCAUGCAAGUGUAAAGAAAAAAAACGGUGAAAACCACCUUUAAAUACAGCAAAAGUACGAUAAUACAAAAUUAUGUUCUAACAACACAAAAUAAGCAAAGUACUACAAAGUAACAAAGUGGUUUUAAAUUGAAUCUAAUCAGAAUACAAAGAAGGAUAAUAAAUUAAUUGGAUAGUAGCAAACGGUACAGUGCUUUCAUUAUGUU